UGACGUCACCCAGACACCUGAGACGCUUUUAUUACCCGGAAGUCACCUGGGCGGACUCGGCAGGGGAGAACAGACGCUUAUUGAAGCUGUAAACAUAGUUGAUAAAAGUUGGACAUAUCGAAGCUUGGUUGGAUACUCGACGCGAGGAAGUUUUUUGUAAUUUUUUUGGCCGUUUUUUAUUCUCCAGGAGUGUUGUUGAAGAAGGAAUAGGUCGACAUGCGUUUCAACAGGUUGCUCUCAGUGGCUUUGUUCGUGUGCGCAGCAACAGGUGUAAGCAGCUUUUCAGUUACUUCCUCCAAUCCAGAUGUGAAGGUUAAAGAGAAUGAAGGGGUUGACCUUACAUGCAGUUAUUCAGCGGACUUUGGUGCAGAUGCCAGAGUUGAGUGGAAAUUUAAGGACAUGAAAGGCUCGCAGACAUAUAUCGUUUAUGAUAAGAAAAUCACAGCACCAUAUGCCAGCCGAGUGGAGAUGUUUGGUAACAAUCUGAGAUUCUCCAAAGUGACCCGUAACGAUAACGGAGUGUAUGACUGUGAGGUGUCUGGCAACGGCCAGUUCAGAGAGACCAGAGUGAAGCUCACUGUUCUCGUGCCUCCAUCUGCACCCGUGUGUCGGGUCCCUACCUCAGUGACAACAGGCAAGAAAGCCCUCUUGUCCUGCUUUGACAAAGACGGCUCACCUCCUCCCCAAUACAAGUGGUACAAAGAUGGCACCCUUCUGCCUGCUGACCCCAGCAAGAUUGCUGCCUUCAAAAACGCCACCUACAGGCUGAACCAAUACACUGGCAACCUGGAGUUUCCUGCUUCCAAAAAGAUGGACACAGCAGAGUAUUACUGUGAGGCUUCCAACAGUGCUGGUCCUGCUCAGCGCUGUAGAGCUAUGAGAAUGGAAGUCCGUGACAUGAACACCGGAGGGAUUGUUGCUGGGGUAAUAGUGGCUCUCCUGCUAGUGGGCCUACUGGCACUUGGAGUUUGGUACGCCAACAAGAAAGGAUACCUGCCCAGUGAGUGUACACUUCCACAUUUACUGUAAUCAACAAUAUUCUGGUAUUCAUGUUGACAUUAUCUUGGUCCUCUAAAAUCCAGACAGAUGGUACACCAGUGGAAACCUGAAAUAAUUUCUCCUAUUAAUUAUAGAAGCUAGUUGAAUCCAACACAUUGUCCGAAUUUGCAUUUUAAAUUAAAGCAAAUUCAGCAUUUUGGAAGUCUUAAUGGAAAAACAAUGUGAUCACUUUUAAAAGAAUGUUUAACUUCCUCUUCCUCUAACCUGUUCCUGUAACCUGCACCCCUAUGUUAAUGUUUUUUGGUCAUGUGUAGGAGGAGGGAAAAGGCAAGGUGUUAUACAGUAAUGUGUGCAGCUUACAAGAUGUUUGUGUUCAACCAUUGACUUUGUUUCCUUUCUUCCCUGUACAGAGAAGAGCGAAAGGUAAGAUCACUUUCUUUCUUUUUUUUUUAAUACUUUGCAGGUUUCAUUCAGAUUGCAUGUGUAAAAUGAUACGCUGUCUCUGUGACAAGCUCAUAAUGUUCUUUUAAAUUAUCUGUGCAGCAAAUCAAAGCCCAAUGUGCUCUACCAGCCUCCUUCAGUGUAUGGUGGUGAAGAAGAAGAAGAUGGGGAGUUCAAACAGAAGUCAUCGUUCGUGGUAUAGCCUGCAAGCAACAGACAUAACUGGAGAUCACCAUGAUUUUCAAUGUUUCUCAGUGUGUUUUUUUUUUCUUUUCUGUUUUUAGUGAGGUCCUGAAACUAACUUUUUUUUUUGUUCCUAAAUUGCAGUUUUCGUAGUGCAGUGUUUGAGUUAACUUGUACUUUACAGUUGAACAUCAACGUGUGUGCUUUAAGGAUCAAGGUUUUUGGAAAUUAUUUACUACAGGGACGACAGCUAGUGAUACGUCUUUUGUACAUGAAUUGUGUUUUUAAUAGGAUGAGCUGUGGCUACUAGUCACGGAUUUUUGGAGGUUUAGAGUUUGUGCCUCUGAGUUUCUGAUUUUCAGUGCCUUUUUUAGAAUAGAAUUAACUCAUUUCUAACAUAGUUGAAAGGACACAAUUGCGUGUAAAUGCCUGAAAUCAUCUCCUUUUAGCUGAAUACAAAUUUCAGUCCCUUUUUAGUUAUUUUCUUUACAAGGGGGGGAUGGACUCAUGUGAUAGGCACAUUUUCCCUGCAGAUGCAGUGUCUUGAUAAGACAUUUUUUUACGAUCACAUUUUUAUUACACUUACUGAUCUGUCACCUUAAUUUCCUCCAGUGAAACACUCUUAUCUGUCAAUCUGUGUCGAAGCAGAAACAUUUAAGCAGCUAAAAUAUUGCUUGACUCUUGAGAUGUUUUUUUUUUCUUCUUGUUUUUUUAACAACCAUAAAACGUUUUUUGUGUACAAUAUUUUUUUCUAUGAAAGUUUAUAAAAUGUCUCAUUUCUGUAAAUAUACGCUUUUGUGUUUGCAAUUAAGAACAAUUUAGAAAGUCAGCUGCUCUUCCUGUCACUGAGGUUCCUGAUAUUAACUUCAAACUUUACGGUAACCUUAUUACAUCUGAGAUUGUUAUGGAAACUGGUUAUAAGACAAAGAUUUCAGGUGCACCAUCUCUUUAAAAUUUCCUUUCUGAUUGAGCUAGUAGUACAUUUGUUUGUUGUUUGUAGGAGACAUAAGUUUGUAAUCCUCUGCACUACAUUGGCUAAGUUAAUGCAUUGAUAAGAGUGUAUGCUUAUAGUACAGAAAACUUCACGCAUGGUGUGAUUCAUUUCCUGUUGAAAUGUCAUUUCCUGUCAGCUGAGAUGCAGGAGAUACAGCACUAUGUGAUGAACUGGAGGCAAAAAUGUGACUAAAUGACAAUGUCAGUUAAAAAAAAUUAACACAGGAUUUAGUUUUUAAGUGAUGACAAGCAUGUUUGUAUGGCAUCAUGUGUAGCAUUACCAUAUGAUUAAUUACACAAACUGUUAUCCUUGAUAUCCACAAGUACUCAGGUCAUGUAUUUAAGUGUGAGUCACCAAUACAUAUCAUGAGUUUAUAUAAUCUGUCAGAUAUAUUUAAAUUGGGAAACACUAGGUUUUUCUACAUUUCUCUGUACAAACCUUCCCUUUAUAGGCAGUUAAAAGCUUAUCAAUAAUGAUUAUUGUGACUUCUCUUUAUGUAUUGGUUAAUAAAAUUGUUUGUUAAAUUGGAUAAA